UCUGGUGAAAACAGAGACUCAACUUGCUCUUUUUUUUUAAAAAAUGGAAAAACACGCCAAAUCUUGUCAAAAUUCAUUGCUUUGUAUUUUGGCGAAUCAGAUUGCCUGGAUCUGUUUUUGCGAAAUCUUCAUUCUGUGCAGUUUGUAAGAAAUAAUUUUAUCUUUUUUCUAUUCUCCUUUCUUUGCUUUUUUGCUCCACAUGGCCGAUUCUCAAGAUGAAAGAAAGCAAAAAGCACUUGAGCAGUACAAAAAACGUGUCAUAGAACACAAAGACCUAGAAACAAAACUUCGAACGCUCCGGAACAGUCUGAAACAGCUCAGAGCCAACUAUGAAGAAUCAGAGGAACAUCUGAAAGCCUUCCAAAGCGUGGGACAAAUCGUCGCCGAAGUACUUCGGCGCCUGGAUGACGAACGCUAUAUUGUAAAAGCCUCUAGCGGUCCUCGGUACAUCGUUUGCUGCAGAAACAAAUUAAACAGAGACGAGCUGAAGCAAGGCGUUCGCGUCACCCUUGAUAUGACCACACUCACUAUCAUGCGUAUCUUGCCGCGCGAAGUGGAUCCAGUUGUAUAUAAUAUGACAAAGGAAGACCCAGGAGAUGUUUCUUACAGCUCAAUUGGCGGAUUGUUUGAGCAAAUUCGCGAGCUGAGAGAGAUUGUAGAACUGCCCUUGACGAACCCAGAAUUGUUUGAAAGAGUGGGGAUUAAGCCACCAAAGGGUGUGCUUCUCUAUGGCCCCCCUGGCACUGGAAAAACAUUGCUAGCCCGCGCACUCGCCAACAGCAUCGACGCGAACUUUCUCAAAGUGGUGUCUUCCGCUAUCGUCGACAAAUACAUUGGUGAAAGCGCUCGCAUCAUCCGCGAAAUGUUCGGUUAUGCUCGUGAGAAUCAACCGUGCGUCAUCUUCAUGGACGAGAUAGAUGCCAUUGGAGGUCGCAGAUACAGCGAGGGGACUUCGUCUGACCGCGAAAUUCAGCGCACAUUGAUGGAGUUGUUUAAUCAGAUAGAUGGCUUUGACACACUGCAUCGCGUCAAGAUCAUCAUGGCUACAAACCGACCGGACGCCCUCGACCCUGCUUUACUUCGAGCUGGACGAAUCGACCGAAAAAUCGAGGUCCCUCUGCUCAAUGAACAGGGCCGCAUCGAGGUUUUGAAAAUUCAUGCGCAGAAAAUUACAAAGCGCGGAGAAAUUGACUAUGAAGCCAUUUCUAAAUUGAGUGAUGAGUUCAAUGCAGCAGACCUUCGAAAUGUUUGCACAGAAGCUGGCAUGUUCGCAAUUCGAGCAUCAAGAAACUAUGUUGUACAGGAAGAUUUCAUGAAGGCAGUUAGAAAAACUGCUGAUAAUAAGAAGCUAGAAGGAAAAUUGCCAUAUGAGAAGAUAUAAGAGGAACCGAAAUUGAGCACCAAGAAAAAAUCUAAAAAAAAUUUUGUACACUCUUAAAUACAUUUAGAGAACAUGACAAACGGGUUAUAAAUAAAAGGUCGGAUUCACUAUUAUUUAUCUCCUCACUUGUUCUCGAGUGAUUGAGUGAUCAUACGCACAUCGCAAAUACUGACAUAUUUUUUUACUGUGUAGUUGCAAAAUAACACGGCCAAAAUCUGGCAUCUUUCGCUUUCCGACCAGUAAGGGGAUCCAGAAUUUCUGCACUAGAAGAUUGUUUGUUUGGGUAGAAAGUGGCCCAGUCGUCAAGCCGACGGGGCCGGCAUUUUCAUGCGGCUCUUGGGCCGCACGCUUUCGAGCAUCUCAGCCGAGUUUGCUGGUUUCUGGUGCCUGAUCCGGAAGAGAGAGUGAGCAUCGUGCAUCCUGGGAGCCGAAACCCGAUUUCUAAACUGCUAGUCAGAAGUUGGCGGUUGAAGUGAAUUGUAGAAUUCAAUGGCCGCCGGAUGAGAUCGAAACACGUCUCGAGAAAAUGAAUCCAAAAUUUUUAACCCCGCCAUACAUGUCACCCUUGAAAGAGCUACGUAGGCCUGUCCAUAUUCGAAUAUGGAUUUCAAGCUUAUUUCCACUCUUGAAAGCGUCAUACCUUGUGCUUUAUGUAUCGAUAGAGCCCAUGCUAAGGUAAGAGGCACUUGUUCUCUGGUGGCGACUUCUUCGUUUCCGACUUUUAUUGAAAACCGAUCCGGAACGAUAAGUUUCGUUUUAUGGUUUUCAAAUUCUACGAUGGGAUAAAAUGUGCUCAACAAUUUCUUGUCAGCGCCUUCUGUUUGCGGCCUGAAUCCCAAAACGACUCCUCUGGAUCCAUUUACCAGUUCGCCUUCGACUAGAUUCUUCAGCAAGAUGACCUGCGCUCCAAUUUUGAGUACUAACUCGGCGGGCGCUGCACAUGAAUCGUUCAGUGCCUUGAGAUAAUUGCUCUGGGCAUAUUUUGUCGUGUCCUUGGACUUGAAGGUGACCGGCUUGCCUGAGAGCUUGUCGAGAUGAAGUGUGUUUUCUUUUUCGACUUGAAAUUUGAGCGGAUACAGACGAGUGGGUUCAAUGGAGUCGUUCCAAGUUGUGUUUUGGCAGGCUCGCAACUUGGCAUAAGAAUUAUCCGAGACUUUUCCGAUUCGGACCUCGUUCAAGAGCGCAAUGAAUUCGGCGUCUCCGAACUGCCGGAAAACGGUAGUCAGGCAGAUGGUAUGGUGGAUGACCCUAGACCACGCCUCGCUUUGAAAGCAGAAGCUCACUUUUUUAGGACUUUGAUCUUGAAAGUUCGAGGAAAUGGGAGGAAGUUGAAAAAAAUCUCCACACAAAACGACUUGAAUACCUCCAAAUGGCUGGGAUGAGUUUCGAACAAUUCUAGCAAUGUGUUCGAGCUUGUCGAAUAGUUCUCCUGACAUCAUACUAAUCUCAUCAAUAAUCAAGACGCGGACAUCAAGCCAUCGACUUUUAGUUCUUACGUUGGAUAGAAUCCGUCGAAUCAACACUUCAGCCUUAUCUUGACCCAAACCAAUGCCAGCAAAUGAAUGAGUCGUGCAUCCGCCCAAUGCGACGGCCGCAAUGCCAGUAGGCGCUGUGACCUGGACUUCGUUGUCUUGGUACUUUUCAUUUAAAACACGCACGAUUUCCUUCAAUGCGCGGCUUUUGCCUGUUCCAGCAGCGCCUGUAAAGAAAAAGCUUUCUCCCUCUACAGCGCAUCUGACGACCUUUUUCUGUUCCUCUGAUAAAGUGCGUAGACCCUGUGCAUCCCAAUCAACUAAAUCAGCAUCCAUUUUGGGCUUUUUCUCCGUACGCUUUUCUCUUAGAAAGCCCAGCUUUGAGUGAGCUGUUGCCUUUGGUGCACACGUCGGUCGGCCGCUACUUGCGAUACGUCCCAGGGGCGCACUCACCUUCGACUCUCCAGAAUGCAUUCCCUUAUACGAAAAAGAGGUGGUGGACGUGCAUUGAUCUUGCUGAACUUUCGUCUUGGGCGAAGGAAGACUUGUCUUUUCAGUAUUAACUUUGGAUGACGCCUGGACCGCAUUCAAAUUACUCGCGUCGGAAAAGCGAUUAGGUAUAGAAUUUAUCUUCAGAUUGCCCCACGACCUUUUCAGCGGAUGUCUGACGCUUCUAGGCGCCAAAUCUAUCGUCGAAGCUUGAUCGGCUGUCUUGAGCUUUUUGACUACCUGAUCUUGAUUGGCUCCAAAACAAAAUGGCGUUUUUUUGAUCUUUGACAUUCGCAAUGGUUCCUCUGAGACAGAAGUUGGAUGACCAGGGACAUUCAAGUCGGAUUGACUCAAGCAAGUUUUGUCUCCGACAUUCUCACAUUCUCUCACUUUGCAGAUCGAUCCUUCCGAAUCGUUUGUCCUUGACCGCAACGACAUUAGGAAAUUAAAAGAAAAAAAUAAAAGUGGUACAAUUUUUCGUACGUUGUUGCAAAAGUACGAUUGUC